AUGGUGGAGAUUCUGGAACAGUUCUUUAUUUCCAUAGGUAUUCUGGUGUUUAUGCUCUACCUGUUGAAGUGUCUGAGGUUCUCCAGAUGUAUUUUCUUGCACUUCUGAAAAGUUCUGCCGAAGUCUUUCUUAAAGCCAAUGGGACAGUGGGCAGUGAUUACUGGAGCAGGAGAUGGGGUUGGGAAAACUUAUGCAUUUGAGUUAGCAAGACAAGGACUCAACCUGGUGCUUAUUAGCCAGACACUAGAAAAACUACAGGCUAUUGCUGGACAAAUUGAAUGAACUACAGGGAGAAGUGUGAGGAUUAUACAGGCAGAUUUCACCAAAGAUGACAUCUAUGAAAAUAUUAAGGAAAAUCUUAGAGGCUUGGAAAUUGGCAUCUUAGUCAACAAUGUCAGAAUGCUUCCAAACCUUCUCCCAAGCUAUUUCCUGGAAACAUCAGGGAAAAUCCAGGUGUCUGCUAAGGCUUCUGAAAAGCUUAAACUGGGAAGACCUGUUCAAGGUUAUAGAUUGGGAAGUGAAGGAGCAGAUCCAAGCUUUAUGACAGAGCUAAUUCUGAAAAACAUGAAAUCAAGCUGCGGGAGGCAGCAAGGCAGCACAGCUCGCUUCUUUGUUUUCAGGCAGAAAGGGCUCAUCCUGGACAUUUCUUCCGGGGUGGCCCUCUUUCCCUGGCCUCCGUAUUCCAUGUACUCGGCUUCCAAGGUGAUUUCUCUUUACUCCAGGCUUUUUGUAUGCACGUUUUCCAAGGCACUGCAGGUGGAAUAUAAAGCAAGAAGAAUCAUUAUUCAGGUGCUGACCCCAUAUGCUGUUUCAACACCCAUGACAAAGUAUCUAAUCACCAACAUAAUAACCAAGACAGCUGAAGAGUUUGUUAAAGAAUCACUGAAUCAUGUAACAUUUGGAGAUGAAGCCUUGCCCAUGAAAUCUUGCAAAACCCUUUACCUUGUGGAUUCAGUGGUUUCAUUGGUGUGCAAACAUUCCCUAAAGGUGAACUUUCUUACUAUGAUCCCAUCCUGCAUCUUCUACAGCAGCACAUUCCAGAAGAUUCUCCUGACACACUAUGUGAAUUACCUCAGGCAGAACAGCAACAUAAAUUAG